AUGAAGAACAUGCAAAGUCAUUUGGCAGCAGCAAAUGUUCAGAUUUGUGCUGUGAGUGAUUGGAAGCUGCAAGAACAGCAGCACACGUCAGUUGGCUCACAUCUGCCAGUCAGUUGUGGCCCGAAUUGCUGUCAGCUCACUCACUGUGGCCAUCAGUAUUCAAACAGGUGAGAUGAGAGUGGAAUCCUGGUCUCACUAAGGCUCCUGAGGUUUACCAACAAGUCUCUUGUGUUAAAAACUUCCGUUUCAUAAGAAGUUCCAAGCCCUUUAAGUGUUUUGCAGUUGGCCCAAUGAUUUCAACUAUGCAAGGAAAACAGUAAUGUUAAGAAGCACUGCCCCCCCCAAAACCCCCACAGCUUUUGCCUGGGAAGCCAGGCACAUGUUCUGCAAGCAAGCUGAGUUGCAACAGCACCUAGUAAAUGCAUUGUCUCCUUUCACUCUAAAUCUCUACGGUUCCUCCCUUAUCAUUUGCAAAAUUGAAAUAAACAAUGCAGUAUUCAUAAUCCUCUGAGAAGUGUCAAACCAAGGUAACCGACAUGCCAGUCCUUCAUUUCCCCCCUCCUCACAGUGACUGAGUAGUUCUCAGUGGCCUGAAGUUCUUGUCAGAAGAGAUGAAGAGAUAAAUAAAUUUCUUAUUGAACAACAAAAGCAAUAUAGGAGACGAACAAUAACAGAAUAAUAUAAGUUCAACACUAUGAGCAUUUGAUAAUGAUGUCAAAAGAAAAAAAAAUCAGGAGCAAAUGAAAUGGAUACAAUAAUAACUUUAUAAAUGUAUAAAAUUACAGCUUCUAUUGUACAAUGAAAGUGUCGGGGGGGGGAGAAAAAUUGCAACUAUUUACUUCAAUGGUCAGCUAUCUUCAUUUUACAGUGAUUGGUUAGUUUCUCUGUGACUCACAGAUUUAAUAGCAUAAUGCUGUUUUUAAACUUUUUAAAAAUACUGAUUAUUAAUACUUUGUACUGUAUUUGAUUUUUAUUUUGUAUGUCAUUUUGAGAUUUAUUUACUUUUUGUGUUUGGGCUCUGUUUGGUGUAUUCUUUUAUUUUUACAUACACUUUGUAUAUUGUUUUGAGAUUCCUUUAUAAUAUAUUUGAUUUUUAUAUUGUAUAUUGAGAUGUGGUUUGUUUGUUUUGUAGUUGAUCUCUAUUUUGGUAGUCUUUUCUAAGGUACUUGACCUUUCUUUUGCCUAAUGUCCUGAAACUAUGUUUUACUGGAUUUGGUUUUUAUUUUCUUUUAGAUUGUUUAGAAUGUAAAGUGAUGAAUAAAUUUAUGUAAUAAUAAUUACUCCUACUGGAAGUCUCCAGGCAAUGGGUGGCAAAUUUCUGGAGCUAAGUUUGGUGUAAAGUUGCACCGUUGCCAGAACAUGUCAAGCACUAAAGGAGUAUAGUACUGACAGGGAACAUUUUUCAGCUUGAGGCCACAUUCUUGUAUGGGCAACUUCCUGAGGGGCACAUGUCCAUGGUGGGCAUUUGUUGUUGUUGUUGUUCAGUCGUGUCUGACUCUUUGUGACCCCACGGACCAGAACACGCCAGGCACUCCUGUCUUCCACUGCCUCCCGCAGUUUGGUCAAACUCAUGCUGGUAGCUUCGAGAACACUGUCCCACCAUCUCGUCCUCUGUCGUCCCCUUCUCCUUGUGCCCUCCAUCUUUACCAGCAUCAGGGUCUUUUCCAGAGAGUCUUCUCUUCUCAUGAGGUCGCCAAAGUAUUGGUGCCUCAGCUUCAGGAUCUGUCCUUCCAGUGAGCACUCAGGGCUGAAUUCCUUCAGAAUGGAUAGAUUGGAUCUUCUUGCAGUCCAUGGGACUCUCAAGAGUCUCCUCCAGCACCAUAAUUCAAAAGCAUCAAUUCUUCGGCGAUCAGCCUUCUUUAUGGUCCAGCUCUUACUUCCAUACGUCACUACUGGGGAAACCAUAGCUUUAACUAUACGGAUCUCUGUUGGCAAGGCGAUGUCUCUGCUUUUUAAGAUGCCGUCUAGGUUUGUCAUAGCCAGAGGUAAAGGGGCACAGCAACAGAUGUGACUAUUAGUUUUGAACAGUAGGCUACAUUCCAGCAAUACAAAAACCAGAGGCUUCACAUACACACAUCCAGGCAUGCAAGAGGCAUUUUCAGAAUUUAAGCGUCUAUUGUUUCCACACCAAAGGACUCGUGAAGGGUUUGGAGCAGAGCUGGUGUGAGGUGUAGCCUGGGAACUGGCCUUUAGGAGAAGGCUUGACCCAGGAAAAGGACCAAGGGCCAGAUAGAGAUGUCUGGGUAGCUGUAUUGAUCUCUAGAGCAUGAGGUUCCCCACUCCUGAGGUUUAGGAUAUGGCAGAAAGCAAGGGGCAGAUAUAUAUCUCUCCCCACCCUCUAAGCCAAUUUUGACAGGUUUGGGGCCCCACCUACCUAUCGAUCACUCUACAAUUCAAUGAUUCUGUGAUCCAGUUGAAAUUCCUGUAUUGUAGUGGGUUGGACAAGAUGACCUGUGGUGUCCCUUCCAACUCUACAAUUCUUUGAUUCUAUGACUGAUAGGUGGACAAUCCCACCACCUGUCAAAGCAGACACACAGGGUGGGGGUAUGGGAGCGCCCAGCAGGACUUACCCCUGACCGCUUGCUGAUCAGCUUAUACCACCCCAUGACAUCAGGUGAGUGACAAGUGGAGGUAGUUAGGGGAGCAAUGACCUUGUGGGCCAAUUCACUGGCUGAUCCACAGACUCAAGGUUCCAUAGCCUUGGGCUACAAUGUCAGUGUGCCUCCUCUGUUGCAGUUGCCCACAUUCUGCUCAAUAAUUUCACCCUAUUUUAGCCAAUGCAUCUGAGAAUUUUGCAUAAGUAUCUGUCAUGACUGCAACCAGGGGCGUAGGAAGGGGGGGUGCACCCUGGGUGUCAUCCCAGAGGUGGGGUGACAAAAUCCUCUCUGGGCAGAUCACCGCUGCGCCAGUCACCCCUCGGGCGGAUCGCCACCAUGCUGAUUGAACCCCUAGGUGGAUCGCCCCGCCCCCUGGCAUGUGCAUCGCUCCGGGUGUCCGAGCGACUAGUUCUGCUGUUGACUGCAACACAACUGGCACUGCAACAGCAGCAUGGAGCUUAUAGGCCCCACAGCCACCCCACCAAUCUUUUAAAAGAUAGCAAACAGAUGGUUGUAAAACUCUGUCCUCCUCUUUUGAAGAGUUCUCCAGAGCAGGCAAGUUCGGAAAAGGCACGUCCAUAAUAUUUUCUGUGCUUGGGGACUUCUGAAAUCAGAGCCAUACAUGGCUGUUUUAAUGGGAAGGAAACAACAUUAUUGAACAGCGCUUAAUCUCUUUCAUAUGCAUCCACACACAGAUACCAGAGGAGAUCUGUGUUUUUCUUAUGUUUUGGCAAUACUAGUAUAACUAGUCCUGCCAAUAAUUUAGGACUGUGGUUGAAACAUUCUCCUUUCCCUCUGGAGGAAAUGUGCAAGAGCUCAUUCAUGUUCUCUGUUGACAUACAUCCAGAGCUUGGAAGUUCACGAUUCAAAUCUUACUCCAAAUUAGGGACUCACUGGGGCCACGUUCACACCUAACAUUCAAAGUACUGUGAUACCACUGUAAACCAAAGGCUGCUGUUCUUACAGCAGCCAACCAGAUGCCUAUCAGAAGCCUGCAAGCAGGACCUGAGUGCAGCAGCAACUCGCUCCUCUUGCAGUUUCCAGCACCUGCUAUUUGAAAGCAUACAGCCUCUGCCAGUGGAGGUAGAAGAGAGGCAUCAGGCAGGGCCGGCCCACCCAAGAGGCAAGGUGAAGCGACCACCUCAGGUAGCAGAAUCCAGAAGUGCAGCAAAUCCCAAUGUAGAUCUUCACCAUUCACCCUUUGUUCCCUGGCGGCAAGGAAGGAUGCCAUUUUUUGGUUCAUUCACCUCAGGCGCUGAAAUGUCUUGGGCCGGCCCUGCUAUUAGGGUUGGUAGCCAUUAAGAUUUGGGCAUUAUUGGCUGAAACAAAAGAUAGACCUUGUCUAUAGUUGUGUACACAGCUCCGAAAAUCCCUCCUGAGGGAAGUUUGUCUCAGCUCCCCCUAUAAAUUUUGGUGGAUGACAAAAUACCCCCCUCAAAGGUUUUUGGCUUCUAACAUCUGGAUUUAAUAGUUGGCUGAAGAUGAGCUGCUUAUUUGUAGGCAUCACUCUGUCUCCUGCAGAUGCUUUUUGAAUGUUGUUUUAUGCUGUGCUGACUUCGGGAAUUAGCAAUUUUAACUGUUUCAUGUGAUGACUUUAGUCGCACCUUUUACUAUUUACAGGAAAAGUGAGGGGUAAACCUUUUAGAUAAACAAACUCAACUUGUGGUCCUCUGGAUUUGAGGUACAUUAGUUCUCCUACACUAAGGCAAAAAAUAAAAUUUCACUUGUAGUUAGUGGGGUCUCCUGAUACUUUCACAUGUACUGUACUGUAUAUGCUUGUAUUAUUAUUAUUUAUUCUACCUUCCUGAGCAGUGGUUCUGCUCCUGCUGCUUUUUCUCCUAAAUCACUUUCCCUUUUCCUCAGCCUUUUGUAUUUCUGCCCUGCCCUGUAGGGAUGCUUGUUCUGGUGGAGGUCUGCCGUAUUUUAAAUCUCCACCCGCACCCCAGGCACAAAUAUUCCGGUUUUUUCCUCUACCAAAAGCUGUGGAAGAGGCUACAGUAACGUUUUAUGGGGGAUUUUUGUGUGCAAGCGUGUCCGUUUAGCGAAGAAAACACGACCCUCAAUCCUGGGUGGGCGGGAAAUCGGCGUGUAUUAUGUAAACAGCAGCGAAUGUUUCGGUUGCUAUCCCCCCCCCCCGCCAUAAAUUUAUUUGACCAGCACCAGUAAAUACUAAUACAAAUAUUAAUACUAUUAAUAACAGAAGUGUGGUGCGCAUGGUGGGCUGCGCCCGCCUGGCCGCUUUCUCUAUUUCCAAAGCUUCCCUCAGCCCUGAGAGAAGACGAAGGCCCGCUGAGGGACGAGGGUGAUGUAAUAACCACCCGGCCUCAGCAAACAACUCCGCCUCGCCUCCCUCCUCAGCCAGCCCCAACAUCCGGGCUCUCGCCGCGCGCUGCGCCACAGCCGGCGGUACGAAAGGGAAAAAACCACCAACGACCGUCGAAAGCUGCUACUCAAGGAGACGCGGGCGCGGGGUUGGACGGACGGAGGGGAGAGGCGGGGCAAAAGGCUAGAAAUCACGCGCCCAUUGGCCGCUCAGGGAGGCAAGCUCGAGCCGGCGUGCGUGCUUGCGUGUUUAGUAGGGGGGGGGAGAGACAACUGCGCGUGCACGCACGCACGGCACGUACGCAGGCCAGGCAUAGGAGGCCGGCGGGAGAGUUCCUUUUCCCUCUCUCUCCCUCUCGCGGGCGUGCCUCCCCUGCCUUGUUAUACAGCCGACUCGCCCCGCGCACGCGCGGUGUGGCGAGGCGAGCUCGCGCUUUCGGCGUCUUCUCCGCUCCGCGCUUACGUCGUCCUCCUCCCCUCUUCCCUCGCGCGCUGGGUGGUUCUCUUUGCGCGUGCGCGACCCUUUGCUUGCUCGCUCGCUUGCUUCGGUUGCCCGCCCGCCUGAGGGAAUUGAAGCGGAGUUGAGGCGGGUGCUGGUGGGGUGCGGACGGGGAAAGCGCGUGAGGCGCCGUUGCCGCGAGGGGAAGAGGGGAGACCCGCGUGCGGCGCGGGAGGGGAGGGGUGGGCGACGGGGAGGCCGGGCGAGAUGAGCGCUCGGCUCCCCGCUAGGGCCAGCCAGGAGGAGCAGCAGCAGCAGCAGCAGCACAAACAGCGGCCGCGGCUGCCUUCGCCGCAGUCGCCGCCGCCACCAUCGUCUCGCCCCGUCUGAAUGAACUGAGGCGAGAGAGGCCGCUUUCGCCGGCUCGGCCCGGUCUGGCUCAGGCCUCCUCCCUGCGCCGCUUCGGAGCGCCCACUCAGAGCCCCCUCUCCCGUAGGGUAAGUGGAGGCCCCGAGGGUGGCUGAGGGGAGGCCUCGGGUGCGCCUGGGUGGAGGGAGAGAGAAAGGCCCAGUAGCAGCAGCAGGAGGAGGCCGCCACCGCCGCCGCCUGGAUCUUGGGCCUGGAAGCCAGUGGGGAGGAAGGGCGAGGAGGCGCCCGGCCUGCGUGUCGUCGAGGAUGAGGCGUCUCUCUGUGUUGUAAUCCUCCUCAAAAGAUCCGGCGGACCCGGACCCCCCUCCCCCCCCCGCCGCCAGCAGCUGGCAUUUUAAAACACGAGCUGCUGGGGGUGGGGCAGAGACGGUGGCAAACUGGCUCUGGGAAUCGGAUGUUUCCGUGCGCGGAUCUGCCCCUAGGAGCUUACAGUCGGAAAUCCUGCACGGGGGCUUGGGAGUGGGGGGGUAAAGCAGCAGCUGAGGGUGAAAGGAACCAGGGUAGCUGAGAAAGACUUAAAUGUCUUCAGUUCCUGGUGUUGGCGAGUUAAUUCCACCCCCACUUUUCCUUACUAGUAUAUGUAUGUAUGUAUGUGGGUGGGUGUGAAUUUGGGAGGCCUUAAAAGUAAGCAAGUCAGACUCUUGCACUCUGAGUCGUUGGUUCGAGCCCCAGGUUGGGCUGAAGAUUCCUGCAUUGCAGGGGGUUGGACUAGGUGGCCCUCGGAGGCCCUUCCAACUCUGAUUCUGUUAUUCCUAAGCAAAAACCAUGCUCUUUUAUUCAGUUUAUUUUAAACACCCUAAUAUGCUGAGCCUUUAGUAUAUACAGGGCGCUAAAUCUGACAGGCAAGUCUUUACGUGUUUCCUUGUGGGAGGGAAGAAGACUCUUUGAUUUUGGCAGAACUUAUUUAUUUAGCACCGCAAUCUGAAACAGAGAGAAAGGUUUUAGUUGUGUGUGUGUGUGUGUGUGUAGAAGGCGGCCAAAUGUUUGGGAUUUGAUUCCUCUGUGUUCAUUGUUCAUGCCAACCCAAUCCGGUGAUGACGUAGCUGGAUGUCUGUAUCUUCCCCUGGAGGGAUGGUGGUGGGCGAAAAAGCUUGCUGUCUGCCAGGAUUUAUUAAUAAUGGUUAUAAGCACACAUUCUCCUCCUCCUGCAAAGCAUUCUGCUAUCAUUCACAGAGAACCAUUAAUAAAUGAGUCUAUUUAUAAAGCGCCCCACCCUGCUGCAUCAUCCACUUUGCUAGGUAUAUACUUUCAGAUGUGCAAUAUUUAUGAAGCAGUCUGCCUCAGUGAUUGCCUUCCUACACACACAGCUAUUGCUGUCUUUUUUAGAAGAAAAAAAAGGUGUGGGAAAGGGAAAUGAACCCAAACAAAAAAGGGUUAUGUAAAUGUGCCGCUUCUUGUGAUACUUUGAAUAGUGGAAGUGGGUGUGAGAUGCUGUUUUCAGAGGGCUGUACUAUUGCCCAUUGAAAUGCAAAAGGUAAUUUAUUAUAUUUUUUUCAAGUCUGCAAAGUAUUUUUUUUUUUACAGAACAGUGAUGCUAUAGUUAUUUAUGGUGCACGUUAUGAUUUUGGCUCUGUCUAUUUCGUGCUAAAAAUAUUCCAGAUUCUGCACCAAGCAACUAUGAAUUCUGUAGCCUGUGUGUGUGUGCGUGUGCGUUCGUGUGUGUGUAUUAUGCAACACAAGUUGGGGAGGGGCAUAUAUAUGACACAGAAGCCCAUCUCCUGAUCAGUGUAAAUUUUGCUUAGCCUUCUCACCCCCAGACAUUUCUUAGCUAUAAAGGGGGGCGGGGGAGCCACAAAAGCUGUGACUUGGUUGUUAAGUUUUGGAUCCAUUAUGCAGUCUUGCGUUUAAGUAAUUUGAUAAGAAUACACCUUUCUGGUGCUUGUAGUUUAAAAUACAGAUCGUUUUAUAAUUCUAUAAAAGGGGAUAAUUUUUAAAAACACAGAUUUUGGGUUUAGGAUUCAGAUUUUGUUGUAGAAAACAGCAAGUUGCAUAGUUACUUCAGUGUGAUGAUUGUCCAUCUUAUGAUGUACUAGUUAGAGUAUGUGAUUUCCUCACAAACAAGAAUUUAAUCUCUUCAGCUUAUUGAGGAAUCACUCUGCAAACAUGUGUUUUGUUAAAGCAGGUAUCUAUAUUGGAACAUGGAGAGAGCAGUUUCUUAUUACUAGUGCUUUUUCUCUAAAAAAAUGCUUAGGGGUACUCAUUUUUCUACUCAUAUUGAAAUACUGCCCCUCAAUGAGGCCAAACUUAGAUUCACAAAAUGUUUAGGGGUAUGCAUACCCCUGCGUCCCCCCCCAGAAAAAAGCACUGCUUAUUACCAUAACCUAGUACAGGGGUCUGCAACCUUUAAGACAAAAAGAGCCACUUGGACCCGUUUCCGAAGAAAAAAAACUGGGAGCCCCAAAACUCGUCAUUAUAAAAAUAACUUUUUUGUCACUUUUUAUUAUUUCUUUGUUUGACCCCUCAGAAUUACUCCUCCUCAUAGAAAUAAACGUUAAAUUAACAAGUUACCUUUUUGUGUGUGUGUGUUCUUCACUCCCCUUCAAAACAGUGACCAGCGUACAUGCCCCCUUUCAAUGCAGUGACCAGCGUACAUGCCCCUUACAAUGUAGCGGGCGGGUGGGAAGGUGACGUCGGGACGGUGCGUGACUAACACACGCACCGCCCCCAUGCGACGUCACAGCCAGUACAGCGCCCGCCACAGUGGGGAGUGUCGGGGCGCACAAUGCGCCUCCUCCCCUCGCUAGUAUCCGCCCCGGAGCCACGGCAAAGGUGUAAAAGAGCCACAUGCGGGUUGCAGACCCCUGACCUAGUAGACAGACAUUUUCCUCACAUGUGUUUUGAGUUCUCAGGUUGAAAAAGAAGUUGAAAAGACCCUUCAAUUACUACUGUUAUAAUGAUGUUUAAAAAUGUGACCUAUCAUAUUUUCCCUUAGUCUGCAGACAGUGCUGCAGUGCUUGUGCUGUUGAAGGCGUUGUCAGUCCCUAAGAGUGAAGGUAAGAUUUCACUCCUCAGAAGAGUGAGCCUUAGAAGAGCCCUAAUGGAAGUAGUUGAGCUGUCAGAUUUUCUUUCCCUUUAUAAAGCUGUGUAAAUAGUAGAAAUGAGUACUGUGCUUAGAAGCACAGUUUGGCAGAAAAUAGGGAAUAUGUGAGGAUAUAGCGUAGCCAGGUAAUCUUCCUCUGGGGCUCUGCUUUCUUUCAAGAGCCAGAUGGGUGGAAUAUUUAUACAUGCAGAUGACAGCUAGAGACUAAUACUAAACAUGGCAAAAUAGUUUAAGAACUCUCAUCAUACCACUUUCCACCCACUGGAGCUGGGCUUAUUGCCGGAACCCCUGUGAGAGCCUUUGCUUAUUCCGGUUGAAAGCUCAUAUGCUUUUCACUCCCUGUUAUAAAGCAACUGUAUGGCAAUCAAAUCCUACUGACUUCUCUUCCAUAUACUAUAUUAAGGAUUAAGUGAUAAUUGUCUUGGGCUAAAUUGUUGUGUUUGUGGAACAAGGUCCAGUCCUGCAGCAGAACUAUCUCCCCUCUCCUCCCCUUAUGCCUUCUAAGCCUGCUCUGGAGGGUUGGCAGAACCCCCAGAACAGCUUUAGGAGGUGCACAGGGGGAGGAUAGAGAAGAAAGUCCUGUUGCACAAGUGUACUUGUUCCCUGGACACAUACUCCAUUUAGCACUGCAUAGAAUUCCACCCCACGUUUUACUACAAAGAGUCCUCACAUUCUCUAGUGUGCUUAAGGAACUACCUGCGUUAGAAAAAUCUUUCCAUUUUGUGGUUGAGGAACUAAGAUAGUGACUAUAUUGAAAGCCACAUCAUGACACUGCUGUGGGGACUCCUCUUUUUCAGGUCUAAGACCAACCCUAGUGCAGUGUUUCUCAAAUUUGGGUCUCAAGCUGUUGAUGGAUCACAACUCCCAUCAUCCCCAGCUAGCAGGACCAGUGGUCAGGGAUGAUAGGAGUUGUUCAACAACAGCUGGAGACCCAAGUUGGAGAAACGCUGCUCUAAUGGCACUCAUUUUUAUUCAUUCUUUGGGCUUUGUCCUCAUUCAUCUUCUCCAGUAGCCUUCAGAUUAGUUCAAAAUUUAACAGUGAGUCUACCCAUCUGUGUGUACAUGUGUCAUGGUAAAAAGUUCUAGAGGGGUCACUAUGUUAGUCGGUUGCAGCACCUCCCCUUUUUUUACACCUUAAAACAAAUUAAUUAUAAUGUAAUAUUUUGUGGUCUAGAAUCCAUUUCCUGAGAAUUGUUAUCUUUUCUUAGCUGGUAUAUAUCCAAAUGGCCCAUAGAUCUGGUUAACUACUUGUCUAGAAUGAAUUACUUGUUCUAGGAGAGUGGCUAAUUUCACAUCUACUCUCAACAGUCCUGUGAGGUAGGUCAUUGUUCAUUCUGGUGUAACGCAAUAUAUAUGUGAUAGCAGCUUCAACAAAUGAUUAGAGGAAAGUGAGGGAAGUGGUUCAAAUGUUCCUUAAUGUGGAAACCACUAACCUAUAAGCCAGGCAUCCCCAACUUUCGGCCCUCCAUAUGUUUUGGACUACAAUUCCCAUCAUCCCUGACCACUGGUCCUGUUAGCUAGGGAUCAUGGGAGUUGUAGGCCAAAACAUCUGGAGGGCUGCAGGUUGGGGAUGCCUGCUGCAAGCAGUUCUGUAUCAAGAUUGGGAAUCGUGCUGCAUUGGAGGGAAGGAGUUUGACCAGUAGAGCAAGGAAGUAUAGAACAGGGUUCCUAAUCUGGUGAGACUGGAAACCAAGUCCACUUUCUACUUUUUGUGGGGAUUAGUGACUGAGUUCAGAAUUUUAGAUUUACUUCAGUACCUUCAUCAGUCUAGUAAUCAGUAAUCUUAGUAGACUAUUUGUCAGGUUUGAGAUUAUAUUUCUAUAAAAUUCUAAUAGAUUUAUAUUAGAAAACCAAAGUUGGUUAAAUGCUAUGAAACUACAUUAUAAAUCUUUAGAAAGGCCUCAUUUUGUGGGUAGGGCAGAUGAGUCAUAUGUAGAAGACCCUACAUCUGGUCCCGGGCUUCUCCUAUUAAAAUGCUUAGGUGGCAGGUGUGGCAAAGACCUUAUUCCUCAGACUUCAAAGAACUGCCACCUGUAGAUAGUACUGUACUAGAUGCACCAGUUAUUAGACUCUCUAUAAGCUUCCUCUGUUCAUUUGAUAUAUCCCAAAUAAUUAAUUUUUGAAAAACAAUUUUAAACAUGCAAACUGUAAAAUGUUAGUCUGGAAGCUGUUGCAGAAUGCAGUGAAGAGCAAGCUGCGUAGAGUGUUUUGCUCUUACUUUGGCUCAGCUUCAUUGGUUGCCUAAAUCUGGACAGAGUUCAAAGCGUUGGUUGCUUUAAGAAGCCCUUACAUAGUCACGGUCUUAUCUAGCUUUGGCAUCAUCAUCACUUUUGUCGCAGCUUCUUGCUUUAGUGUGAUGGCCUGACAUCUUUAUCUCUGCGCAGUGUCUUUGACCAUUUCUCUGGUGUUUUAAUGGUUGGUUUAGAGUCUUUGACCUUCGGAAGGCUAUUUAGUGCUAACUAGUGAUUGGAUGUCUAUUUCUGCUGCUGUUUUAGUUAUUAAUAUUUUCUUCUGUAAUUUUUUUUGUGUUUUGGAUCUUUUGUGAGCUGCCUCAUAUUGAGUCCAAACAAUGUACUUUAAAUAAUAAAUAAGAUCUUAUAUCUGGCCAAUGAGAUAUGUUAGGCCAAUGAGAUAUGAGAUAUGUUAGGCUGAGAGAUAAUUUAAGGUCACCCAGGAAAUUUCAUAUCUGAGUAGGGAUAUGAACCUAAAACACUCUAACCAAAGUCCAGUUCUCUGGUGUAUACCACAGUGGCUCACAUUAUGGAUGCUGUUGUGGAUCCUUUUUUUAAACUGUUUUAAUUGCUGUUGAUGGUGUUUUAAAUUAUUUUACUGAUGUAAUCACACUAAUUAUUUUUAUAUGUUCACUGCUUUGGACACAGCUUUGGCAGCAAAGAAUGCAGUACAGAAAUGUUUCCUGCUUUACAGUACAAACCUAUACAUAUGAACUAAGGUGAACUUCACUGGGACAGGUAAAAAUAGGGUGGCAGCUUUCAUCAGAAAAGGCAGUUGUGGGUACUUUUUGGGGUGGUGUUGCAUGCAUUGCAUUGUUCAGGUUUUUUUGGGGGGAAACACCACUUAAAUUGAGUUUUCUUGAUGUAAAGACUUGCAAUAAUGGUGUGCUGCUGUAGCUACCACAACGUGCUGUGUGGGAGGUAAGUAGGGUUGUAUGUCUGUUUUGUGCUUUGUUAUGCCAUUCUGAGUGGGUACUGACACCUAUAACAACUUAGGUUUCUUUUGAUGUAGCUGGCUCCAUGAUGGCUAGAAAGCAACAUUUUAAAUAGUAUUUUAUUUAUCAUUUUCUCUUUUACAACAAACAACAGAGCAUUUCAUUACUUCCGUUCCCCUUUUUCCAUGGUUCAUUUUAGUUUUCUUUAUCUAACUGCAUAUUCAAAAAGCUCAAUCCCCCUUAAAAUUCCCCCUAUAAUUUCAUUUUAAUUCAUUUCCCUGCUUCUAUUAUUCAAUCCGCUCAUUCCAUCAAUUUUAUCUGCCACUCCUAUUUAGUCGGUACUACUGCUUAGAAAGCAACAUGUUAAUGAUGAUAGCAUUGUUUCUCACCCUGUUGCAUGACCUGAUGUCCUGGGUAUGUUCAUUAUCCCAAUGAAUUAAAGCAUUUGUUUCUUGAUGCUAGUACAGUGAUCCUAAUUGUUUAGCAAAAUAGUCAUAAGGUCAGACCUCUCAUAUUUCUGUUUCUGGAAUACUAAAUUAAGCAAGACAGUAUAACACUGAUAACUUAAGUAGCACAUUUGUGAAAAGCAGGUGGAUCCCACAGCCUUUGUUCUUUUCGGUAAUUGGUGCUUGCUUUUGAAUUUUAGUAAGCUUUUGUCUCUAUUUCAAGUCUACAUAGAGUAUCUGGGGCUGUUUCUCCUUUAGGUGACAUAAUAUCUAGGAGCUGUGUCUGCAUGAUAUGGCAGUGUGGCUUAUCAUGUGGGUCUUGGAAUUCAGUGCUGUGGUGAAGACUCAAUGAUUAGCCCUACCUACAGUAUAUGGUUGCAUUAUCCCAUCCAUGUGGGAUCACUUCAUGGGAAAGUAGCUAACCACAUUGCUACAUCUAAAGGGUACCUGAGCAUCCCAAGGUAAUCAGUAGCUGUAGCUUUAACCCAGACAGGAGAGAAGACUUGCCAGCUUGAGCCCUGCUUCACCCAAAAAGGAUUUCCCUGACCCCUUAAAGCAGUCAAUCAGAAAUAUCACUCGAACGUUGAUUGCAAACUAGGGACACAUCCUCCAUCUUUGGUCUUUGCCUUUAAUGCUGAUCUUUUUUCCUCCCCGCAUCUCCCAUUUAUUCCUCCUGAUUCCUUGAGCCUAUAUUUUGCUUUGCAUCUGAAUUUUUACAAAGAUUUUACAAAUCUUUUUUCAAAAGAUACUUUGGAAAUGAAAUGUGGUGUCAAAUAUGAACAGAUAAAAGUUUCCUUGGAACAGAGAACACUAGUUUAAUAAACAUUGAACAAAAGUACCUCCUUGUGGUUAUAAGAUCAGUUUGAAAUUGAAAUGUCUAAAUAAAAAGGUAGUAUAAAUUAAAAUGAAUUUGAGUAUCUGUCAGCACCUACAAUUUAGUUAAAUAUCAAAUAUCAACACUGGAGGUUUUAAAGCAGAGAUUGGAUGGCCAUCUGUCAUGGAUGCUUUAGUUGAGGUUCUUGCUUUGCAUUGGGUUGGAUUGGAUAAGGGUCCCUUCCAUCUCUACAAUUCUACGAGUCUAUGAAACUUUCCUCAGUUGGAUAAGAUUGAGCCAAGCUAGGUAUAGUAAUAUAUUACUUCUUUAUCUCCUUUAUGUUUGCUUUGCAAAACUCAGCAAAUGUGUUUUCAUGCUUUUACAUAAGCAGCUUUGGCUUUCAUCCAAGUAUUGCUGCACAUAUUUUAACUGUUACACAUGUGAGAAGUUGCACUGACUUAAGUACACAAAAGACUGGUAUUAUAUGCCUUUCUGGAUCAAUAACUAUAAAACACAGUGAUUCACAUUUAUAUCAGAAUGUUAUAUUUGUUUCAAGGUAAUUCCCCCCCGCAAAAAACAACAACUACUAGACUAGAAAACUGAACUCUACAACAGAAGACACGAUUUGUUUAUAUCAUGACCAGUAAUGUGAUGUCAGCAUUUUGUUUAAAAAUGUCUUAACAUAGAUUAAUAUCUUAUUGGAUGAACUAGCUGCUCUAAACUCCAAUGUAGGGAUGGGGAACCUAUAGCCCUCCAGAUGUUGCUAGGCAGUAACUCCCGCCAUCUUCUGAUGAUUGACCAAGUUGGCUGGGACUAAAUGGAGUUGGGAGUCUAAGUACAUCUGGAAGGUUUCUUACUCCUGCUCUAGUGAAAGCAGCGUUAGAAACUGAAGUAUGAAAGCUAGGAGCUAAAUGGCACCUUAAACCUAGGUUAUGGGCCCAACUACGGAAUGUCUAGGCAUUUUUUUAAAUAACAAGAAUGCAAAGCUGAAAAUGAAUGAACUGCAGCUAAAUAUUAUGUUCAUUUUUCACAUGGUCUUGUCCUUCCCCUGCCCACCCCCCUAAUAUUCUUAAGAGGGUCUCUUCUCCAGUCUUCAAAGAGUAGCUGGAAGUAGGGAGGCAGAAAAAGGUCCUUCUUUUCUUCUACUCUGCAGUUUAAAUCUGAAAUCUUAGGCGCAGUACUGUGCCCAGAGCUCAGAAACUGCUCAUGCUAAUGAAAUUCCCUGUCGCAAAACGUGUCUACAAUAGGCACCCCCAAACUCGGCCCUCCAGAUGUUUUGGGACUACAACUCCCAUCAUCCCUAGCUAACAGGACCAGUGGUCAGGGAUGAUGGGAGUUAUAGUCCCAAAACGUCUGGAGGGCCAAGUUUGCCUAUGCGUGGCCUAGAGCAAUGGGAGUUUUGAACACUGAGUUUGGCAGCAUAUUCUACAGCAGAUAAUCUAUUAACCAUGAAAAUGUUGAUAGAAAAAUGUGACGACUAUACCUAUAUAUGUUGGAUUCAUUGACUAGGAAAAAGACUUUGAUACUAUUGAAACCUGGGCAUUACAGUGGCCAUUACAAAAUUACAGAAUUGAUAUCAGUUGCAACCACCUACUACAAGAAAUAGCAGACAAGGCAGCAGCAACUUAUCAUCUCCAUAUAAAUACCAAUCCAGUACAUUUGAAAAGAGGCAUAAGACAAGGAGAUAACUUAGCUAAUUUACUCUUGCCUUGAAAGAUGUGUUUUAAAAGCUUUAUUGGCCAGAAAGGGGAAUUAAUGUUAACAGAGGAUCUACGAUAUGUUGAUGAUACAGUCAUAAUAGCUAAAAUAAAUCCUGGAAGAACUAAACCAGAGGUUCCCAAACUUAUUUGGCCUACCACCCCCUUUUCAGGAAAAAACAACAACAUAGCGCCCUCUUGGGUUCAGUCCGAUCUGCCCCAGGGGCGGGACCGGUGUCCACUAAAUUAACUAAACUAAAUUAAGAAUUAAAAUGGUAGGACUGAAGAUGAAUUAAGCUAAGACAAGUUAGAGAAAUAGAGCAGGUUGAAGAUUAUGCUUAGGACAAAAAGCAAUCAUAAAAGUAUGAAGUUAAAAGGCACAUCUGCGGGACAUGCGCUGAAAGAUUUCUCAGGCUGAUGGAACAUAGGAGUGCUACCGUGCAGACCAUACAAUUUUAAAAAAAUCUAGGUGAUGGCCACUCUUGCAGUGGGUGGACGAUCUAAAAUUGACAGCAGGCCUUAUGAUGCAGAUAGCAAACAACACAAUGUUGAAGAGAACUUGAAGAAGUGUAUAUCCAAACUUGAAGAAGUGUAUAUCCAGAAGAGAAGGCCUUCUUCACUUGUUUAUCCCUGGUAUCUGUAUCUACACAUUUAAAUUCUAUUCCUUUGCUAGGCGCCUUGGUGGGAGUAGGUAUGUUACUUCAUAAUUCAAGUCCCUUCUAUUUGUAAGCAAAGGGGGAAAGGGGCUGCAGUUAGGAAAGCAUGCAGGACUCUGUAAGUGGUAUGAGAACAUGAUAAUGUCAGGGCAGGAAGCACUAUUCUUCCAUUCUAAGAGGCAGGAAACCACCAGAACUUUGGGAAGAAUACGUUAAGUUCUCCCUAUCCUAAGGUGAAUGGCUUGGAUUUACCAUGCUUGAGGUAGGAAGAAAACAUUGGAGCCCUUGCUUUUUAAAAAUCUAUAGAGCAUCAGGACAUGUUUCCCAACACAGACUGUCAGUCAGUCAAUCAAUUAAUUAAUUUCUACCAUCCCCACUCCUGGAGGCUAGGGAGGCUACUUACCUACUCACUAAAUUUCUGUGCCACCCUUCAUCUGCGGAUCACAGAGUGGUUUACAAUUUAAAAGUUCAUUUUUGCCUAGCGCCUAAAUAUACAUAACAAAAAUGUCAAGCAAGCCUCCCUGGGGAGAGGCUUCCACAAGCAGGGAGCCACCGCAAAAAAGACCGGCUCUCAUGUUACCACCCUCAUCACCUCGUGAAGGAGGGCCUCAGAUGAUGAUCACAGUGUCCAGGUUGGUUCAAAUUGGAAGAGGCAGUCUUUGAGGUAUUGUGGUCCUCAGCCAUUUAAGGCUUUAUAGGUCAAAACCUGGCGUGCUCUGGUCCAUGGGGUCACGAAGAGUCGGACACAACUAAACGACUAAAACAACAACAAAGGUCAAAACCAGCAAUCUGAAUUGGGCCCAGAAACUAAUUGUCACUAAUUGGCAGCCAAUGCAGUUGGGCCAGAAUUGAUGUUAUAUGUUCGACUUGACUUACACUGGUGAGCAGCUUGGCAACUGAAUUUUGCACCACCUAGUUUCCAAACCGUGAUUAGAGGCAGCCCCACGUAUAACACAUUGCAGUAAUCCAACCUAGAGGUUACCAGAGCAUAGACAAUAGAAGUUAGGCUUUCCCUGUCCAGAUAGGGGUGCAGCUGGGCCACCAGUUGAAGCUGAUGGAAGGCACUCCAUGCCACCAAGGCCACCUAAGUCUCAAGCGAUAGUAACGGAUCCAGAAGUAUCCCCAAGAUGCAUAUCUGCUCCUUGAGAGGCUACAAACAUGACUACCACAUACCCAGAAUAUAUAAGUUUGCUUCAGAUAGUCAACUGACAUUUGAGUUUUCAGAACUUACUAGCUAGUUCAGAAUCUAAUUUUUGCCACUUUAUUGCCACUUAUCUAGAUGUUUACUAUAUAUUUACACUUUUGCACUUGAACAAAGUUGUUAAGACAUCCUGUUGAUCUUGUACUGUGAUGACAUUGACAAUCUAUUCCUAUGCUUUCCUGUCUUAGUAUGCUUUUAGAAGGCUAUAUUUAUGCUUUUGAUGUUGGGUGCCUCCAGAAAGCAUGCAUGCAGUCAUUGCUAUACCCUUUAUAACAGUUUGUCAUCACUUCACUUUAUAGCACGGUGUGCAACACUGAAAAUAUUUGGGUCUCUGUCAUAUACAUUUCAAUACCAUUGGUGGUACUUGUUGGGUACUUUAUCCAUCAUGAGAGUGCUAAUAAAUUAGCAAAACAUAGUUACUUUUCUGUAUUCAAGAGGCCUGCUCUCUGGAAUAAUUUCUGGAGAUUUGUGUAUGAGUCGAAAUGCUGAGCUCUGACAUCAUUAGCACUACAUUAAAAGAGCAUGUGAACUGUUGUCAUAAACAAACAGAUGUUAACUUUGGAAACGUUAUGUGGUUUGUCAUGGGGGAAACAUGGUUUCUGAAAACACACUCUGCUACUUUGAAAGCCUUUCCCACUGCUGUAUAUCCAGAAAGUAUUUCUCAUUCAUGUCAUGUACCCACUUGUUUGGCAUUUACCCAGAAAUAAGCAGUAAAUUGUUUUGGAAGAGUACAUAUGCACUUUCUUGUGAAGAACUUGGUGUACACUUCUUAGCUGAAAGGCAACUGCUGGGAAAGUCAGUAUUAUUCUGAUAUGCGGAACAGGAGUUCUUUGAUCUGAGAACAUAGACCCAAAGCACUUAGUCCACCUUGCUACCACAACAGUAGAAUGAGAUGCAUUUUCAUGAUAGUACUAAUGAUAAUUAGAGGUGAUGCACUUUAAUAUAUAAUUUCUAUUUGGUCAAGUUGAGCAGGAACUAUAGGUGACUUGUGGAUAGUAUGAUGCGUUUGACUUACCCUAGCCUUGCAAAUCACCUUGGCAAAAAAGGUUGCUAGUCUGCACAUAAAAGAUUAGCCCACCCUACACAGGUCAAACAUUCCUUGCAUAUAAUUAAAGUUCUUGUUUAAGACUAGUUUCGUGAAAGCAGUUUUAACUUAAUGCCUACUAUAUAUAAUGCCUUCUAUAAAAUACUAAAGUAGUGAAUAUCAUUAUAUACAAAUACAAACAAUCCAUAUAAACACUCUGAAAUCACCACAUAAUUUUGUUGCAACAUGUAUCAAGAUAAGUUUAUAAACUCUUUUGAGUCUUAAAAAUAUUGAAUAACUCCAUUGUUCACAUCAUCCCUUCUGAACCUUGUUUCUCUUUUCCGUUUCUUUGCUAUCUUCCCCACAAUAAAUAUUUUUAAUGUAAGCCCCCUAAGGCAAGCAAUCUGUCUGCAAGCCCCCAUAUACUCUGGUACUAUUCCACAUAUACUCGAAAUAUUAAGAGUAAUAUGGUGGUUGCCUGUGGGCAGGCAGUAGGCAACAGUCAUAGUUUAGCCGUGGGUGGUUCAACUCGUGGCCCAAGGUCCACAUGCAGCCCUCAAGGCCUUUUUGGUGGCCCUCAACAACAUUUGACCCUCAGCCCCUGUGCUGUUAUCCCAAAGCCUUGUGGGUAAGUGAGGUUCUGGGCUUUGAGAAGGAGGCAUGGAAGCUUUGACAGGGUCCUAGAGUCCUCCUACCUCUCCAAAGCCCAGUUAGCACUUUCCCAGCUUUUGGAAGGAGGUUGGAGGGCUCUAAGAACCUGCCAGAGCCUUGCACACCAUUCCCAAAGAACGGCAUUUCAGUUACCGUUGCUAAACUUCGGAAGGCAGCGUGAGGGCUUGGGGGGGGGACGUCAGAUUUUGGCCUCCCCCCAAAAAAACAAGUUGUGUGCAGCCUCCAGGUUCCAUGCCGAAGAGCUUUUGCAACCACUUGGUAUGAAAAGUUGGGCCGCCCUGGUUUAGCUGGUGAUAAUAUAUAAUGUUCAGACUAACUUGCAUGCAGAAUAACUGACCCCAAUAUAUAACAAAACAUGAUAGUAAGGGAUCACUACUAUACAAUCUAUUAGAUACACAAAGUUCAAAAACCUAUGAUAAAAUAUUUAAAAAUAUUGUUGAAGUUAAAAGCAAUAUUCUGUGGAGACAGUGUGUAUAGUGCCUGACUGGUUCCGCUCCUUGAGAUCCCUACUGCUCUCUUUUCAUCCUCAACCAGCAACAGAAAAGUAGCAAAUACUGAGCACAGUGGGCCAAUUUGGAUUGGGACUCUGGCAUGGGGAUGUAGUGGGGCUUUAAUUCUAUGCACCUUGAUGUGGCUUUGAUCAGGAUUGGUAUUUGCAGUUUGCUUUGUCAAGAAGUGAUCCAUUGGAGUGAAUGUUGGGACCAUGUUGGAUUACAUUGUGCCAUAGCAAGGAGCAAAAGAUUAAAGUCCCUCUUACACUCCCCCAGCAAGGGUUUCUAUCUGGAUCAACCCCUUGCUGGUUUGGGGGGGGGGGAAUCUAUUGGAACGAAUAGGAGCCUUAGUGCAAAUUGUAGUGAGGAGCUUGUGUGUGAAUUGAAUAGAUGGUAUGUGUGAAAGAGAAUCAAUGAAUGGGUGUGCUUGCAUGUGAGCAUGACUUGAUGGAAUGGGGUGUGUGGCUGCGGAGUGGCACUCCCUUUUAUCACUGGUAUGUGGCCCCUGACACAUUUUAUGCCUGAACGGAUGCAGCCGUCCCAGGAGGAAAGAUUCCCUAGCCUUGUGUGGAACAGGCCCUCUGCUCACACAAACGAAUACUCCUCAAUGUUCCACUUCAUUUGCUGCUUCUUGGUUUGUGGGAAAUCAUAGUUUUCUGUUAAAUCUGAACAGCAAGGUGUGGUUUGUUUGCCCUGCAGACCAGGUCAGAUUCUUGUUUACACACUUCGUUUGCAUGGCAAGUGUAAACCAUAUUUUGCUAAUUCAAAUAUUUUUGGCCCCAAGACUGGAGAAUAGUCACCCUGAGGAGUGCAGCAACUAACUCAUCUCCUGUAAACUAGAAACAUUUAUUGAAGUGUUAGAGAAAAUCCUACAAAUAAAUAAAUCUCUAGAUGACAUCAUUCUUUUCUGGAACACCAUACCAGAUCAGAUGGAAGCCCCUCUUUCAUAAAUUAUAUGCGGUGGACUUGGUUGUAGUUGUGACUCCUGGAAACAAGUGAAUUGUGCCAUUGUGUUGACCAUUUAUGUGUUUGCCCCAUGUUUCCGCUUGAACCUCAUGAUCAUGCGUAAGGAUACAUGUAAGUACAGCGUGUAACCCAUAGGAGAAACUAGGACAUGUAAUUGAUUUGGGGCAGGGGAGCAGAGCAUAUUCACCCAAGGAUUGCAGGAUGCCUGUUGCAAAAUGAGGAGUGUGUGGGCUUGUGUAUGCACAGACCUGACUUUCUCCCUGAGUCUUGCAGGUCUGUGAAGCACAAGGCCUUCAUUCUUGAAUAAUCCCAUGAUGAUAUAAAAAGAGACUGCCAUGUAUGCAUUCCUGACUUCAUGUACAGUGGUACCUCGGGUUACAUACGCUUCAGGUUACAUACGCUUCAAGUUAAAGACUCCGCUAACCCAGAAAUAGUACCUCGGGUUAAGAACUUUGCUUCAGGAUGAGAACAGAAAUCGUGCAGCGGCGGCAGCAGGAGGCCCCCAUUAGCUAAAGUGGUCUUCAGGUUAAGAACAGUUUGAGGUUAAGAAUGGACCUCCGGAACAAAUUAAGUACUUAACCCGAGGUACCACUGUAUUAUUUGACCUGCAUCCCAGCCCUUAUAUUUGGAGGAAUUGCAUUCAUAUGAUAACCACUUUAGCCUUUUGGGAAGGAAGUGAACGGCAAUGCAAUGACAGUUUCAACAUAUUUGUUUAGCUAAAAGACAGAUAAAUAUAUUAGCUAAUAAGGGAUUGAGGCACAUUUUUAUAAGAUUUCCCUUUGUGCUUUGUGGUUUUAUGAAUGUUUAUAUGGUUUCUUUCAGUAUUCAUUGCUCUUCUCAUAUUUUGGUAAUGCUUAAAACUUUUCUAAGGUAGGUGAUAAUUCAACUGAGACUGUUCACAGCUCAGGUUCCUGGCUAUUAUGAUAUACAAUAUCUGGUUAUGGAGCUUGCUGACUCCUUAAAAAGGAGAGGGGUAUAAAAGAAAGGGGUCUUGAUAAGAACCUAUCAAAAAUCUUUUACCCAGCCAGAUGGGUGGGGUAUAAUAAUAAUAAUAAUUAAUAAUUAAUAAUUGAUAAUUGUAAUAAUAGUAAUAAUAAAUUCUUCAACAGUCUGUGAGCAAUUACAUACUUUUUUGCUCCACAAUUCAGAAUAGAUAAAUUCCGGUCUUAAGAGUCAUAUAUAUUUCCCUGGUAUUAUAUAUUCAUUAUUCAGAAUAGUUACAUCCUGCUUUGUAGCCAUGAGAAGCUCUCCAAAGCUGCUUACAAAAGAUUCUUCAAAUAGAAUCACUCUGAGAUCUAAUACAGGAAUAAUAAUAAAAAAGACACAUGAAACAGCAUAUUCAGGCAGCAUUUCCUGCUCUUGUACUUGUUCUUUCCCCUGUCUAAACCUAUUGUCCCCAGAGAUUUCUGCUUCAUCUCUCUCUCUCUUCUAUUUCCUGUUCUUCCAUCUUUAUGACAAUAGUGUCCCUUAAUGACCCUCACUGUGCUACAGCCAGUGUUUCCUGUUGCAAUAAAGGCUUUACAUACACAGCUGGUUAGCCACUGUGAGAAUAGGAUGCUGGACUAGACAGGCCUUUGCUCUGCUCCAGCAGGGCUCUUCUAUGUUCUCAUCCCCGAACCCAGGUCUGUGGCCAAUUAUUCUUCUGGUUCUUACCUCUGUCCAGCAAGCAGGGUUACUUCCUAACUGUGUAGACAACUGGCCUGAAAUCUAUAUAGAACGCUUAAAGAUCAUUCAUAUUCCACUGUGUGGGAGAUCAUGCCAUGCCAGGCAUGCACAACAUAUGAUCUUAAGGCUGAAUGCAGUGUACUGUAUAUUGUGGUUUUGCAGAUGUUUGGCAGCUUGGUUGAUUGAAUAUUUGAUGCAUUGCAUUCAGGUUUGGUUUUUUUCUGAGGGGAGAGCUACAGAUUUUGCCAUCUUGUACGAAACUCUUACUUUUCUAAAAGGUGUGAACUUUACUCAGAAUAUUUUAGAGGCUUCAAAGCAAUCCAGUACAGUUGUUAGUUGAAAUUGUAUGCACGUCCCCAUUUACAGAUGACUGAAACAUAGUUGGAUACUUUUAUUUCACUAUAGCACUUUAGGGUGUUGUAUAUAAUGUGGAAUUUGUAUGAUUGCUUAAAGACUUCUUUAUGUGUUAAGAAUAAGAUACAUUUUUUUUAAAUAGAUGUAAGAUUUCUUUGGAAAACUUCUUCAAUAACUAUUCAUCUUCAGUAAUUAUGGCAUGAAUGCAGAUUUUGUUUCUAAAAUGGGUUCAGGUAGAAUAAACAAUGAGAAUCUACGAAGAAAAACAUCACUUAAAGAUGUAUGAUAUACUGGAAGAGUGUGCCAUUACCAUUUACCUGUUGUGAUUAAUACAAGCUGUGCUCUUUCAAACAAAACCCACAAAAACCUAAAAAUUAAUGAUGCUAAGCAGAUGCAAGUAUGAUUUACAGUCUUCUGUCACAACUAUGUCCAUAGCCCAGUUCAGUCAAUUUUGUCCUCUUAUUUUCCCAUCGGAGCACAUCAGUUGUUGAUGUAGCAGUACAAAUUAGGCAAGAAUAACCAGCUGCACAAAUAGAAGAUGAGGGAUACCUGGCUUACAUGUGAAAAGGAUCUAGGGGUUCUUAGUAAACCACAAGUUCAACAUGAGUCAACAGUGUGAAGCAGCAGCAAUAAAAGCUAAUGCUAUUCUAGGUUGCAUCAACAGAAAGUAUAGUGUCCAGAUCAAGGGAGGUAAUAGUACCACUCUAUUCUGCCUUGGUCCAGUUCCAGGUGCCACAGGUGCUACUCACUGAAAGAUAAGAGAAAAAUAUUUAUGUAGAUUUCCCAGUAUUUACAGAUUACUUUUCACCAUAGAUGGGCAAUACAUGGAUUUAUUCAUUUAUUUAGGGGUCUUAUAGCAUGCUUUUCAUUAAAAAUCUCGGAACAGGGCAAAAUGUAAUAGACUUGAAACCAGUGAAUUGAUUUUGGGCCAGUAUAGUCACCAUCACACACACACACACACACACACACACACACACACACACCACAAACACACACUCUUUGCUUUCCAGUUGGGGAUGUUCCAUUCCAGGUAGCUUCCAUGACGGCUACUGACCAAGUGCAUGACAAGAUGGAUCUAGUUAAAUCUGGGUUUGGUGUGUUGGUAUACAAAUGGGUGACUGAAAAUAUUACUGUACAGUGCAACCAAGAAUCCACUGAGCUUUGUUUAUUUCUUAAGAGUCUGAGCUGUGGUUUGAUUUAUUUACACUUACUGCAGAUGUUUUGAUAAAAGCCACAUUAAUAAAGUGCAAGCCAUUCUCUUGCAUAGUAACAAUUUAAAUAUUUAUAAUAAUACACAAACUAUUCCCAAGAGUGAAGUUCACAAAGCCACAAGCUGAACAGUUCAGCUCCCCGUUAAUUAAACAUAUUCUGUCUGUUUUGUACAGUAAGCACUGCAGUUCAGGUUCGUGUUUUCUUUAAGCAACAUGUUCAGCAUAUGAUUAAACUGCUAACUGUCUUAAAAAUAGCUUAACAGCAGAUCUUUUUGUCUCUGCAGAUCUUAAAGGACAAGACAUCAUGGGAGCAUUUUUAG